AAAAAAAAAGAAGAAAAAGAAAAUAACAAAACAAUAAAUUGGAAGGAGGGGUUUUGCAGAUUAGGUUGGCUUCCUACUACAAACAUACUCCUAUUCUCUCUUCUUUCUCCUCACACACACUCACACAGUCCACUGGAUUGCGGCUAGGGUUUCACCAAACCCUACUUCCCCUCUCUCUAUCUCCUCCUCUUCCCCCGGAAGAAGAGCAAACAUUUCACCUGUACUUUUUGCCGUACUACUACUUUUUUACAUAGAUCAGCCAUGGAUAUACGAUUAAUUGUUCUUUAUUGAACAAAAGGGUUUUUUUCUUACAAUAAAAAGGAGUAAACUUUGGGGGGUUUUUCUCUGGGUUUUGCAAAUUUUGAAUUGACAUAUAAUGGCGACUGUGAACCCUUUUGAUUUGCUGGGAGAUGAUGAUACCGAAGACCUUUCUGUUCUUCAGCAAAAGGUCACUGUGGCGGCGGCUUCUAAGAAAGCCCCUUCUGCUCCGGCUGCUCAGCAGCCAUCCAAGCCGGCUGCUAAGCUCCCCUCCAAGCCUCUCCCUCCUGCUCAAGCUGUAAGAGAGGCAAAGAGUGAAGGUGCACGUGGAGGUGGCCGUAGUGGAGGACGCGGUUAUGGCCGUGGUCGCGGUGGACGUGGAUUCGAUAGGGACUCUGCCAAUUUUGACAACAAGGAGAUCUCAGGUGGUCAAGGAGGCUCUGCUGAAGAUGCAGAAGGCGGAAGAUUUUCUGAAAGGAGAGGAGGUUAUGGUGGACCUCGCGGUUCUUUCCGGGGUGGUCGCCGGGGCGGGUUCAGCAAUGGGGAAAUGGCUGAUGGGGAACGACCAAGGAGGCCUUUUGAGCGCCGCAGUGGAACAGGACGCGGAAAUGAAAUAAAACGCGAAGGAUCUGGCCGGGGGAACUGGGGAACCGAAACUGAUGAACUUUCUCAGGCUAAUGAGGCUAAUAAUGAUGGUGAGAAAGUUCCUAGUGCUGAGAAAUUGCCCUCAGGAGAGGAGGAUACUGCUGAUGCCAAUAAAGACACUUCAGCAAAUGAAUCUGAAGAGAAGGAACCAGAGGAUAAGGUUUGUGUCUUUGCUACGAAUCUUUCAUUUCCGACUUUUGAGGUACUUAUAUUUUGUUUUGUGUUCUUUCCAAGUACAAACACUGCAAUCGUCAAAGAAAAAGUUGAGUAGAAAUAGCAGUAAUGUUUGUGGAAGGCAGUAUUCAUUAUUAUCUAUCAGAGUUAAUGAAGAUAAAUUUUGGCGUGAUGAAGAAUGAACUGAAAAAGGAGACUAGGCAUCAGUGUCUUUUGUUUCACACAUGGUGGUAAUAGUGCACAUUGUUGUACUAAUGAUUUCAGUAAUUGCUUUGUUCUGGUUCAUUAUGUGAGUGAAUGGAUAUGUUUCCAGGCUUUUGGAGGAAAGCAUAUUUCUUCACUAUCUAAUUCAUUGUUAAUUUCUUUUUUCUUUUUCUUUGAAGUCUGUAGUGGCCUAUUACAUUUUAGUACUGCUUCAUGUCCAUGGAAACCGAUUGUGAUGUUUGUUUUUCUUCUGGAUGUCUCUGAUUUCUAUUAUAAGGUGUCUUCUGAAAGCUGUUGUCUUUUUAAUCUGGUUAUUCUUAGCCAUAUGCUUUGGAUGGAAUUGAUAUUUGGAAUUGUCAAGUUAGUGUUUCUUCUGCUUCAGCUACUGUCUAGAUUAGAUUGCUGUCUGCAUGUUUGAAUCUAAUUGUAAGUAGCAAAGUUCAGAAUGAUUUGACAAGGAUAGGGAGGUGUAGGUGUUUGUAGGAACUAUGACGAUGUGUGAGGCAGGAAUUGUGCAAUGAGCCCCGUCCUCCUCCUCAUGGUGACUGUCUCUAAUUGCAUACCUACAUGCAGGAAAUGACCCUCGAAGAAUAUGAGAAGGUGUUGGAAGAGAAAAGAAAGGCUUUGCAGGCUCUUAAAACCACUGAGGAGAGGAAGGUUGAUGCUAAAGCAUUUGAAUCCAUGCAGCAGAUUGCAAACAAGAAAGCAAAUGAUGAAAUCUUUAUCAAAUUGGUAAGACUUCUAUGGAGUUCCUUUAGAAUCUCUCUUUCUGCCAUCAUAUUCUUGCAAUAUAUUGUUUGAUGCUGUUUGUUUUUUGAAUCUAAGCUUCUUGAUUGUGGCUUUCCUCUGUCCAGGGUUCUGACAAGGACAAAAAGAAGGAGUCUCUGGAGAAGGAAGAAAGGGCCAAAAAGGUAGUGUGACAUUUGCAGGAGCCACUUUGUUACAUAAGUUGCUAUAAAAUUCCUCUUCGAUGAAAUUUCAUUUUAGUUGUUUGGACCUCGUAACCAUCCUUAACAAAGAUUUGAGGAUUUUGGGGUUUGGCAGAUGUUCCUUUAAUCUGGGCAAAAGGAGCCCUUUUAACACUUGUGGUCUGUUUUAUUGUUGUAUGCCAGCUGCUAUCUUAUUAGGGUAUCCUCACCCAUUGGCCUUUUGUUUUUUCUUUGGGUGUAGUCACUGAGCAUUAAUGAGUUCCUGAAGCCUGCGGAAGGUGAGAGGUACUACAGCCCUGGUGGCCGUGGUCGAGGCCGUGGCCGUGGAUCCAGAGGUUAUGGUGGAGGUAACUCGUUCAGCAAUGUGCAAGCCCCUCCAAUCGAGGAUCCUGGACAUUUCCCAACCUUGAGCGCCAAGUGAGGUGUUGGGGUUGCCCUUACCUGCCGUCGCACAAUGUGGGAUCUCGUCGCCUGAGAGGAGCAUACGUGGAGUUGCAACUGGCAGGGAGUUGAGUAGAAUAAAUAAUUUUAUGUAACAAAAGAGUUUGUGUUAAAAUGUAAAUUUCUUCUUCUGGCUGCCUGUCAUUUGUGUUCAUGUAGUCCGUUCCUUUCUCGAUUGUGUUUCCACUGUUGACUCCCUUUUUUUUUUUUUUUUUUUUUUAACUUAUGAAACGACUAAUUUAUGACUUGAAUUAUUUACGAGCUUUGUUCUGAAAUUGAUGGAUAGAGGGAUGCAUUUUGCUGCUUGAUUCAAUC